UGUGGUGCAAGAACCAACAGAAGACAGUGUACGUUAUCAGAGAGGAUUAGUGGUCAAAACAGAGUUAGGAGCAGAACUUUAGGAACACAACUACCACUAUAAGGAUAAUACUCAAACACGGUCAGGACGACAGCUGGUGAAGUGUCACCUUUCUAUAACUGUCGAGGUGCUCGCAGAUGGAUUACGCUAUGAAGUCUCUCAGCCUUCUGACUCCGUCUUCCCUCUCCAAGUGUGUGACAGCCAGCGUCUCAGCCAGUGCUUCCAUGACCCAGCAGCUCCUGUCGGGUCGAGCUCCUCGGCCGAAGCCCUUCAGGGUCACAAAUGCUGACCGCAGUGUGAAGAAGGGCAUCAUGGCAGACACGCUUGAAGACCUGAUGAACAAGGUCAGCGACUCGUUGAGUGUACCGUGUGUCAGCGCACUGGUGCUGGAUGAAGAUGGCACAGGGGUGGACACAGAGGAGUUCUUCCAGACACAGCCCGAAAACACUGUCUUCAUGGUCCUGGAAAAGGGCCAGAAGUGGACCCCACAACCAAACAGCCCCUUCAGAGAUCAGCUCAGUGAGUGCAGGCACCGGACAGAUGUGGCCAAGGUGACGUUUGACCUCUACAAGAACAACCCCAAGGAUUUUAUUGGCUGCCUGAACAUGAAAGCAACCCUGUACGGUGUUUAUUCGGUGUCCUAUGACCUGCGCUGUUACGCUGCCAAAAAGAUGCUGAAGGAGGCUCUGCGAUGGACCAUCUUCUCCAUGCAGGCCACAGGCCACAUCCUGCUGGGCUCCUCCUGCUACAUUGAGCAGCUGCUGGAGGAGGAGGAGCGAGCAGAGAAGAGCCUGACGCUGCCACAGGAAAGCAGGAUCAGGCAGCUGCAGAACAUGCUGCUGGGAAAGAUAUCCCACUGACAAUGGACUGGAGCUGACGAUGGUGGAGCAAACACAUUGUCCAUUCUUAGAUUUGGGACACAACGUAGAUGUCACAGAUGAAACCGGUGAUCUCGACCUGUCCAUGUCAGUUUCCUGUGCAGUUUGCUGACGUGUCAGACAUUGCAUCGGCCUUUUCUCACAGUCACUUUCUUGCUCUGUUACAUUUCUUUGCUCCCUAAGUUUGUAGAAGCUGACACCACAAGCUAUUCCUCAGAAAGCACUUUUACUCACUAUUGUGUAACUUUUUCCUAUGGAGAUGAAUAAAUAAAACUAACACUUUUUUUUAUUUUCCCUGUUCCUGAAAGUCCAUUAAGUCUACAAUACAGUAGGUCUACAAGUGGGCUUAGAUGUGCAGUGUGAGUCCAUUAGCCUGGCUUUGUGUGUGUGUGUGUGGUUCCUGGUCAUAGUAAGUGUAUUUGGUAACAGGUCCAGCUGUCUCUCCCACGCUUCCCUAAUUGUCCCCUGGCCUGCACUGGCCUGUCAGCUGCAGCCUGCCUCUGCCUAAGUUAAAACCAGAGGAAGAGAACGAAGGAAGAGCAAGCAGCUGCAGGGGGCGAGGGGACGGAAGCAAACCACAAUACUGAGACAGAGAGAGAGAGAGAUGAUGGCUUCAGCUGGUUGCAAAAGUGCCACUUUUGCCAAUUUGUCUUGGAAGGUGGCAGCAAAAAGCUGAGAACAGAUUUGAACCAAAUUGGCUGCCUGAUAUUAUCCAGAAGAAUAUAAAUGUCUGUGGUAUAGAUUCAGUAGGUCAAGAGUCAGAGUAUCAACUCCCCUGUCUUAUCAUCUGCUGGUUUCUGCUAUUUUUCUCGAUGUUCUGUUUACAGAAAAUAUAGAAACACAGUCACAGGUGGUCAUCUGAUUCAGUUCAUGUUUACGUGAAAUACAAUAAAUACCCCACAUAAUAUCA